CUUCCUUCCUUCCUUCCUUCUCUUUCUUUCUUUGUUUUUCUUUUCUUGCUUUCUUCUUUUGUUUCCUUCUUUCUUUCUUCUUCCUUUUUCUCUUCUUUCUUUCUUUCUCUUUCUUUUCUCUCUCUCUCUCUCACUUGGUGAACCUUUGCCGCCGCUCAAUCGGCCAAACACACCAAAGGAAGCAAGCAAAGGCCGGAGGGGGGGGAGGGGGGCAGGUUACUCGUAAAAAGCCGAAAGAGCGAAAGAGAAAGAAAACUUCGUCCAACUGGGGAGACUUCAAUGUUGUUUGCGCUCAGGAAGCGCAAGUCCCGCGCCCUUCAUUCAAGCUCUCCAGCAGCAAAGCGAAGAGUUUCCCAGCGCGUAGCUGGGUGGGGAGAAAAAGGGGGAAAAAACCCACCGGAGCCUCCCCAGGGGAAAAGCGAGAGUGGAUCCUCCUCCUCCUCUUCUGAAGGUCUACAAGCAACUCGAUCCCCGGGCGAUCGGGAUCCACAAAAGGCGCCUUCGCCUCCAAAAAGCCAGCCGGUUGCAAAGCAGACCUCGCCAAGCUUUUCCAGGCGCAUUUGGAGAAGGGGGUGGGGGGGAUCUGCUCUCCAAACGCGCCUUAAGGAACCGGUCUCUCCCAGCUCUCUCCCUCCGCAGUGGAUCGCUGGAUCGCUCGAUGGAUCGGUGAGGAGGAGGAGGUGGAGCCCGCAGGGUUGGCGUUGAGAAACACCAGGGAUGCCCCCAGGAAUGUAUUGCCCGCCAGAAUUUUGGUCUAAAGAAAGCAACUACACCAUCUAUGUGGACUUUCUCUUGCCCACCGGAAUUUACCUGCCCCUGCCCGUUUCCUGCCAUGCCAGCCUCGCCGCCAUCAAAAAGGUGGUCUGGCACCAGGCCCAGUAUGAGCCCUUCUUCCAGAUGCUCAGCACCCCGGAUUCGUACGUCUUCACCUGCAUCAACCAAGCCGCGGAGUUGCAGGAGUUGGAGGACGAGCAGAGACGGCUUUGCGACGUCCAGCCUUUCCUACCGGUCUUGCGGCUGGUGGCCCGCGAGGGGGACCGGGCGAAGAAACUGCUCAAUUCCCAGAUCAGCCUCCUGAUUGGCAAAGGUUUGCACGAGUUUGACUCCUUGGCUGACCCCGAGGUGGACGACUUCCGGGUUCAAAUGCACGAGUACUGCGAGCAGAGAGCGGCUGAGCGCCAGCAGCUCAGCUGGAAGGACUGGAUGGAGUACAGCUUCCCAGUUCAACUGGAGCCUGCCCUGAGCGGGCUCGGGAGGAGGCAAACUCUGCCCAUGCACGGGAAGACCAUUUUUGUCAACGUCAAAUUUCAAUCCGGAGGGGAGAGCUUCACCUUCCAGGUGUCCUUGAAGGAGUUUCCCAUCACUCUGAUGAGUUACGCCGUCAAGAAGCAAGCCACCAUUUUCCGCCACCAAAGAGUAAAGGCCGUGGACGAGUACACCUUGCAGGUGAACGGGAAAUUUGAAUACAUCUACGGGGAGCAUCCCCUAUAUCAGUUCCAGUACAUCCGCGAAUGCCUCCACCGGCGUUUCGUCCCCCACCUCAUUAUGGUCCACAGAUCCUCCCUUUUGAGUUUGCGGGAAGAACAGAGCAACGGGCUUGGGCCUCCCCCCAAAACAGCCCCCAAACUGUCUCCAAGCCCUAAGCAGAAGCUGACCUGUGUAUCUUUGUGGUCCCUGGAUCAACCCUAUUCUAUCGAACUCCUGCACUGCAGCAAAGUGAACGCCGACGAAGGAAUGAAAUUGGUCGUGCAAGCCGGGCUCUACCAUGGUCACGAAAUGCUCUGCAAAAUGAUGACCAGCGCUGAAGCCAACGUUUGCUCCGAGCCUGCGUGGGAUCAGACGUUAAAAUUUGACAUUCACGUCUGUGACUUGCCCCGCAUGGCCCGGCUCUGCCUGGCCCUCUACUCAGUGGUGGAAAAAGCCAAAAAAGCCAGGUCGACCAAGAAGAAAUCCAAAAAAGCAGACUGCCCGCUCGCUUGGGUGAACGUGAUGCUCUUUGAUUAUCAAGACCAGCUGAAAGUCGGAGAACGCGUCCUACCCAUGUGGUCGGCCUUCCCAGAUGAGAAAGGAGAACUGUUAAACCCAACGGGCACCAUCCAGACCAAUCCCAACACAGAAAGCGCCGCCACUCUUUUCAUCCGCUUCCCUGGCAUUUCGCUGUAUCCGAUCUAUUACCCUUCCAUGAGACAGAUCUUAGAAAAAGGGCAGAACGGCCAUGGUGCCUGCAGUAUCAGAGAGGAACCAGAAGAGAAACAGCAGCUGAAGGAGAUUCUGGAGCGUAGAUCGUGCGUCGAACUUUACGAACACGAGAAAGAUUUGGUGUGGAAAAUGAGAUACCAGAUUCGGGAUCAGUAUCCGGGAGCAUUGGCCAAACUGCUUAUGGUAACAAAAUGGAAUAAACACGAAGAUGUUGCCCAGAUGAUAUUUUUGCUGCAAUCGUGGCCAGAGCUUCCCGUUCUCAAUGCACUGGAACUUUUAGAUUUUAAUUUCCCUGACCCUUACGUGAGCCGUUUCACCGUCAACUCCCUGAAAAAGCUGACGGAUGCCGAAUUGUUCCAGUACCUCCUACAGCUGGUUCAGGUUUUGAAAUACCAGCCCUACUUAGACUGUGAAUUAACCAAGUUCCUUUUGGGCAGGGUCUUAUCCAACCGGAAGAUUGGCCAUUUCCUUUUCUGGCAUCUCAGAUCGGAAAUGCACAUCCCUUCGCUUGCCUUAAGGUUUGGCCUGAUUCUUGAGGCGUAUUGCCGGAGUAACGCUCAUCAUAUCAAAGCUCUGAUGAAACAGAGCGAAGCCCUCAACAAGCUGAAGGCCCUAAAUGACCUCAUCAAGGUCAGCGCGCAGAAAAACACCAAGCCUCAAACCAAGGAGUUCAUGCACGCCUGUAUGCGCCAAGAGACCUACCUGGAGGCCCUCUCCAAUCUUCAGUCCCCUCUGGAUCCCCGAAUCUUCCUGGCAAAAGUCAGCGUAGAGCUUUGCACCGUCAUGGAUUCCAAGAUGAAGCCGCUGUGGAUUAUGUUUAACAACGGCGAGGCAGGAGGAAACGGCACGGGAUUGAUAUUCAAAAACGGGGACGAUCUUCGCCAGGAUAUGUUGACGCUCCAAAUGAUCCAACUCAUGGAUAUCUUAUGGAAGCAAGAAGGCCUCGACUUGAGGAUGACCCCUUACGGCUGCCUUUCCACAGGAGACAAGAUGGGGCUGAUCGAAGUGGUGAGGGAUUCCGACACCAUCGCCAACAUUCAACUCAACAAGAGCAACAUGGCGGCCACGGCCGCUUUCAACAAGGAUGCCCUCCUCAAUUGGCUGAAAUCCAAAAAUCCCGGGGAUGCUCUGGAACAAGCCAUUGAGGAAUUCACCCUUUCAUGUGCCGGAUACUGUGUGGCUACGUAUGUGUUGGGGAUUGGGGACCGCCACAGCGACAACAUCAUGGUGCGCGAGAAUGGCCAGUUGUUCCAUAUUGAUUUCGGCCACUUCCUGGGGAACUUCAAGACCAAAUUCGGCAUCAAUCGCGAGCGGGUCCCUUUCAUUCUGACGUACGACUUUGUCCACGUGAUCCAGCAAGGGAAAACUAGCAACAGCGAGAAGUUUGAAAGAUUCAGAGAUUACUGUGAAACGGCUUACAUGAUCCUUCGCGGCCAUGGCCUUCUCUUCUUGCAUCUUUUCUCCCUGAUGAAAGCUGCUGGCCUGCCGGAGUUGAGCUGCUCCAAAGACAUCCAGUAUCUUAAGGACUCGUUGGCAUUGGGGAAGACGGAUGAAGAGGCCAGGAAGCAAUUCCAACUUAAGUUCAACGAAGCUCUUCGCGAGAGCUGGAAAACCAAAGUCAAUUGGUUGGCCCACAACGUCUCAAAGGAUAACCGUCAGUAGGGGGGGGAGAGAGACCCUCUCCUCGUGUCUUUCUUCCUGGCUCUCUGGAUGGAGCAGGUGGGCCUUCCACACCUUGCAAUGAAACAGGCUGGACCAUUUUUUUUUUAAGCGGCCCAGAUGUAAAUGGCGAAACGUGAAGUCCUUGUUCCAGAGAUCCUGCUUGGACAUCCCUGGAGAUUAAAUUCCUCGGCCAAACGCCGGUGGCCCAGGACAGUGAUGAGGAACAGUGGCGCGAUUUUGGCAACCGCACAGUUUGAUGAUAUGCGUAUAUAUGUGUGUGUGUGUGUGUUUGUGUGUGGGCGUGAGAUUUGUAUUUUAUACUGCUCAAAGGUACUCAACUCACUCACUGGUUGAGCUGAGGUGGUUUGUGAGGUUUCAAAGGCUUCUGAUGCCUCCGAAAGAGCUGGUCUCUUUAUGAUAGAGAUGGGACUUUUCUCACAAGACUUGUUGGUUUUUGCACAAAACGCUGACCCCCCCCAAAUUCCUGGUCUUGCAAAGCCAGGAACUGGCCUUUGGAAAGAGGACCCCUUGGUGAGAAGUAUGGUGAAAAGUUUUGGCAGGAGGUGGAUGGUCGAUUAACGUCGCACGUCCUGGUUUAUCCGAUGCAAAAAAAAUGUUCUUUACAAACUUUUCAGUUAUUUCUCUCGUUCAGAGCUAGAGAAUUACAUUCUUUCUUUAAAACAAAAAAACAAAAAACUGGUUGCUUCCCGAUAACCCUUUCAUUUUUUUAAAAAAAUCCAGUUUUUCAAUAAAUUUAAGUUUGUUUUACCAGUUAACUAUGGACAAUGUAUGUUUCUGCUGGGGACCUGAGCUUGUUUCUGUUGUGGCCCGCCAGCGGAGCUGGCAGCAAAUUCGGAGAGUGAGGAGGUUGGGGAGGAACAUGGGCCAGUCCUGGAGUCUGGGGAAGGGCUCUGAUGAGGGCUCUGCGUCGGAGGCAGAGAGUGAGCCAGGGCCGUAUGCCUGUUAUCAGCUGCCUUCGGAGUCACACAUCAGUGAGGCAGAAGAACAGCUGGAGCCUGUUCCCAAUGUCCGCAUGCGCAGAGUUGCCAGACAAAGGGAACAGCUGAAGAACAAGGGUCGACUUAGGAGUAAGGCUAAAGGUGGACGAUGAAUAGCCCCUCCCAGAGGGAAUAAAAGAGGAAUGAAAGGGGAGUGGAGUUUGCAGGAGACAAUUAGUUCACCUAAUUGGUUUGUGACUCUCCAGAGACUCCUUGCCAAGUUUUGAAGCUCCCCAAGCCAGAUAAGGUCUGUGACUGUAAAUUCUCCCUUGAAAGACUUUGCUGGAUGUGAAUGAAAGGAAUUCACAGUAACUUAAUAAAAAGGGUUUUUUGUCAGGACAAGGAAUCUGCUUCGUGAUUUGGGGAAGCCUAGGUCAGAAGAACAGUUUCCAAAAAAUUUCAAAGCCUUGAAAUUCUUAACUAAUCCUUUUUAUUAAAAUUGAGAUAUCAAAUGGGAAAGAAAUGAGGACAGGAGCCUCUUCUACAAGAUAA